AUGACCUAUCAAUUCAAGUUCGAUUCCCGAACCCGGAAACUUCGCAGAAUGAGUGAGUCAACAAAGGAGAGAAUAACCGAUUCAGACUACGGGACAUCUAUCUGUACAACAUCUUCUGAUGACGAAUCACUGAGAUCGGAAAGCGAUCGAUCGAUCACUUAUCUGCCAGUCAAUGGUGGAGACUAUUUUAUGAGGGAUUUGGACGCAUCGCGAACAACUCUUUCACCCGGACAUUGCCCACACUGUCAAAUGCUUUUCAGAAAGCCACUUGUCCUUUCGUGCGGUCAUUCGUUGUGCUCUUCUUGCUGUUCUCGUUUACUCAAUGUGCUCAAUGGAAAUGGUGGAAAAGUGUCGAAAAAAACGAGAAUUCGAAUGGGUGUGACAAGUCUGUACACGAAAUACCAUCGAAUUGGUUUCUCAUCAUCCCUUGCAUCAACCUCAUCCAGUUCUCUUUCUUCAAUCGCUUCUUCAUCGAUCAUUCCCAUCUACAAAACCCCAGAAUGUCCACAGUGUGGAGAAACACCAAAAAUGACUGCACCAAUUCCAAAUCUUGAACUCGAGCGUCUCCUUUCGAAAGGUCUUCCGAAUCGGAUCUCCGAAUACGAUAAUCCCAUCUAUCGGGAAAGUGAUCAAGAAAAUUUUGUGGAAACGAUUUUUGACUCAGCCCCAAUCCAAGAAUGUUCCCUAGCUGUGCUUGGAGCGCCUGGAGUCGGCAAAACGAGCAUUACCCGAGUUCAAUACGGUAACGAGAUGAUGAUUUGUGGGGAGAACGCGGAAAGUUCGGGGAUUUUUAUCGACAUUCUUGAUGAUCAUAGACUCGAGGAGAAUCUUUCGAAAGCACAUGGCUUCGUUUUGGUCUACGCAAUCACUGAUCGAGACUCGUUGACAACAGCGGAAAUGCUUUCAGGAAUGAUUCGAGAACAUCGUGGUGAUCAGGUUCCAAUCGUGCUAGUCGGCUCGAAAAGUGACGCGGAUCGGCGACGAGUUGUCACCGCCUAUGAAGGUCAGCGUUUGGCUCGUCAAAUUGGUGCCCCGUUUCGCGAGGUGUCGGCAAGGAAAAAUGAUGGGAUAAAUGAGGCAUUCGACGAGCUUCUCUCCCUCAUCGCUGUCGGCUUUCGUUUCCGAGAAAACAGGGAAUACCGUCGAAUUUCUCCUACAAAUCUCGAAAAGUCGUCUCGUUUUUUAAUCCAA